AUCAACAACGCAUUCGAUGAUUGGCCGCGUUUACCAUUGAGUGUAGUUAACGCGAUAUUUUCGUCGGACGAAAACCGGUGACCCCCCCAAAGAGUUACGAGUUCGGUAGCGAUCCGAUGGCACGCCGCCGUUGUUAAUAUCGGAAAAAUCGUCAACGAGGAAAAAAAAAAGAUGGACCACUGCGACAAGGUGGUGAGAAAGCAGAAUCCGAGAGAAAAGGCGAACGUUUUCUCACUGCUCACUUUCUCGUACACGGGUGGCCUUUUCAAGAAAGCGAUCAAACGGGACCUGCAAGAAAAAGACAUCUACGAAGUGAUCAAGCCGUGCAACUCGAAAAAAAACGGCGACUGUUUCGAAAAGGCGUGGAAAAAAGAGACGCUACGACCGAAACCUUCGAUGGUUCACCUGUUGUGGACCUGUUUCGGUAUCAAAUACGCCAUCCUGGGGGUCGUCCAUUUGGUCGCCAAGCUCGUGAGCAGCGUGUUCGAGCCUGAAGCCGUCGGCAAACUGGUCCAGUACUUUAGCCCGGGUCAGAGCGAGCUGACCUACAACGAUGCCGUAUACUACGCGACCAUCAUGAUCGGUCUCAAGUUCUUCCACGCGUUCUACACCCAAAACUACAUCAUCUACAUACAGCAACUCUCGAUCCAGAUCAGGACCUGUUUCUGCUCGCUCGUCUACCGCAAAGCGCUAAAGUUGACGCCGUCAGCGAUGAUCGACAUCAGUCUCGGCAACAUCAUCACGGUGAUCACCAAAGACGUCUUGGUGUUCGAAAAUUCGAUCAUGCUCAUCAACGACAUGUGGGUGGAAACGAUAAAGGUUGUCGUCGUCAGUUAUCUCAUCUACAAUAAGAUCGGCGUUUCCGGUCUUGUAGGGAUAGGUGUUCUUUUCCUGGUGAUUCCGGCCCAAGUGUACGUGACGAAACUGCUGAAAAAUCUCCGUCUCGAUCUCUGCCAAAAGACCGACGAACGAUUGCAGACCACGCAGGAGACUUUAUCCGCCAUUAAAAUAAUAAAAAUGUACACGUGGGAGGCCGUGUUCGCCAGAAAGGUCGAAGUAAAACGAAAAAAGGAAAUGAAGUACUUGAUGAAAUCGUACUACCUCAACUCGAUCAACUUCGUCGUCGGCUUGUUCACCGCGAAAAUCGGAUUCUACGCGCUGAUAAUGACCUACAUCUACCUCAACCAAUACGUCAAGGCGGAGAUAGUGUUCUACGUGAUGAAGUGCUUCAAAGACCUGCACCACAGCCUGGGCGUAAUCAUACCGUUCGGUCUGGGCAGAGGCGCCGAAUUGCUAGCGUCCGCGUCGCGAAUCAAUCGCAUUUUGGACGCUCCAGAGCUUCAAGACAAAGACGCCAAAUCCGAAUUGACAGGCGUGGUCAAACUAGCCGACGUCACGGUCAGAGUUGGGGACAAGGAAUUGCUGAAAGACGUCAGCGUGGAGUUAAAACCCGGACUGACCGUUGUUACCGGUCCGAUGGGUUGCGGAAAAAGUACCCUGCUGAGGGCGAUGCUGGGGGAGUUCCCCAUCGCUGAAGGCAAGGCGGUAUCGAACGCGACCUUCUCUUACUGUUCGCAGGACCCGUGGCUGUUUCCUUCCUCUAUUAAGCAGAACAUCGUAUUCGGCGAACCGUACGACCAGAAGCGAUACGACGCGGUCUUGACAGCUUGCGCACUCAAAUACGACCUGAAAUUGUUCGACAAGGGAGACGAGACGAUAGUUACCGAUCGUGGGAUGAAUUUAAGCGGUGGUCAGCAGGCCAGGGUGAACUUGGCGAGGGCGAUAUACAAGCGGAGCGACGUCUACUUGCUGGACGAUCCGUUGAACGCCCUGGACCCGUCCGUGCAGGACUACAUCUACCAGAACUGCAUCGUAGAGUUUUUAAAAGGGCAGAAGUGCGUUCUGGUGACGCACAAUCUGAAGCACAAAAACCGCGCGAACAAUCUGGUGGUGAUGGUAGACGGUCGGAUCAAAAUCGAUGGCAAACCGGACGAGUUGAAGAACGACAUUCAGGACGAUUUAGAGGGAAGCGAAAAAGUUUUAGGCGAAGAACCGGAUGAAUGCAAGAAGUCCCUGGUGGACGCCGUCAAGCCCAACAUCUACAGCGAGGUGAAGAAAGAGGGUAAAGUCGACCUGGCGGUGUAUAAAAGAUACUUCUCCUUCGGGGGAGGUUAUUUCGUGUUCUUCCUUAUCGCGACCCUGUUCGUCGGGUCGGAGUUCACCCAGAGCUACUCCUCGAGACUCCUAACGAACUGGAUCAACCUGCAGGAGAAUGCGUCCAACUUGGCGACGAGCGAUUCGCAGGAAUUAACACCGACGGUGACGGAACUAAACGGCAAAGCAGAUCUGACGUUGAAGAUAUACACGGGAAUGAUAGUCGCGUCCGUCAUCGUUGACUUGGCUAAACAAUUCUUCUUCGUUAAUUUUUCACGCAAAGCCUCCGUCAACCUGCACAACGCAAUGAUCGAACGUCUCACCACAGCAACGAUGACUUUCUACGACAACUAUUUCAUCGGCAACAUCCUCAACCGGUUCUCGCAAGAUCUCAACGUAGUGGACGAACGAUUACCGCUCACCGUCAACUUCUUCGUGAUGACGCUUCUCGCUUGCGGUGGGAUAGUCCUUCUAGUCUCGUCGGUGAACUGGCAGUUCCUGAUACCGGCCUCGAUAUUAAUCCUGAUUCUAUUCCUCUUGAGGUUGCUUUACAUGCCGACUGCCCGUAGCCUGAAGAGGCUGGAGGCCUCCACCCGAAGUCCCCUAAUCGGUCACCUCAACGCUUCGAUGGAAGGCGUGACGACGAUCAGAGCGAGCAAGGCGGAACGCGUUCUAACGGAAGAAUUCGACAGACACCAAGACCUCUACACUUCCGCCCAUUUCAUGACGUUUUGCGUGCGAAGGGCGUUCGCCUUCUUCAUGGACAUCCUCUCCGCGAUGUUCACUACAAUGAUCGUCGGCAAAUUUCUCCUUUUCGGUUCAGGCGAGGCGUCCGGUGACGUCGGUUUGGCGAUCACCAAAGCCGCCUCGCUAGCUCACAUCGUCCAGUUCGCUCUGAUGCAAUGGUCGGACUUGGAAAACGACAUGACGUCGGUGGAACGCGUGUUGGAGUAUACCGAGGUGCCCCGCGAUCAUUACGAUGGGCAGAAAAUCGAAGGCUGGCCCGCCAAAGGGGCGGUCACUUACGCAAAAGUGUCGCUGGCCUACAAGGAAGAGAAGGUGCUGAAGGGGGUCAGUUUCGAGGUGAAGCCUUCGGAGAAGAUCGGCAUAGUGGGACGAACGGGGGCCGGCAAAUCGUCGGUAUUAGCCACCCUGUUCAGACUGUACGAUUUCGAGGGUAUCAUCACCGUGGACGGGGUGGACACCAAGACGCUACCCUUGGAUUUGCUCAGAGAUAGCAUUUCGAUUAUACCACAAGAGCCGUUACUGUUUCAAGGUUCCGUAAGGGAAAACUUAGACCCUCUGAAACGCCAUACAGACGAAGAGAUAUGGACGGCCCUCGGCAAGGUCUACCUGAAACACUACGUCGCCGCUUUGCACCAGCAAGUCGACGAACACGGCUCUAACUUCUCCACGGGCCAGCGACAGCUGAUGUGUAUGGCCAGGGCUUUGAUUAAGAAGAAUAAAAUUGUCGUUCUGGACGAAGCAACCUCAAAUAUGGACCCGAAUACCGAAACGUUGGUUCAAAGGGUCAUCAAAGAACAAUUCGCCGAAUGCACCGUGUUCGUGAUCGCUCACAGACUGUUGUCGGUACUCGAUUGCCACAAGGUCAUCGUCAUGGAUAAAGGAGAGGUGGUUGAAUUCGACGACCCGCAGAAAUUAAUGGCGGACAAAGGCAGUUUGUUCGCUAAGAUGUUGAUGGUCGACAAUGAAUACACCCAUUUGUAAAAAAUUAAAGUUAAUGCUUAGAAGACCGAUUUCCACUAUCACUAGUGUCGAAAAUUUACCUCCUUGCGUUGAUUAAUCUUGGUCUUCUAAGCGUCAGGCUGUGACUUAAAGUGAGAUUACAGUUAUUUUAUAGAGUUGCAGGCGGAAAGACGGCCAUUUUGAGAUCGAGUAUCAGUCUGCAGUUAAUUUGCGUCCGUAUUUUUAAAGAUAUAUAGCAAUUGUUACAAAUAAAUAUAUUUUUAACUUUU